CCUUCCCUUCCCUUCCCUUCCCUUCCCUUCUUCCCAGCAGAGAAGGCCAUGGUUUGUUUCGGGAGCAUGUUCAUCGAGCUGCCGAAGGCAAAGACCCGGGAGAUCCUGCGGCAGGACCAGGAAGAGCUGGAUGAGGCGAUAAACAACCUCCGGAAAGAGCUCCGGGUGAAGGUCAACCAGCUCUAUGAAGCUCAAGGCAAACCUGAGCUGAAGGGGUUUAACCUGAAUCCUAUGUCUGCCGAGGAAAUGAAACUCAUCAACCGCAUCCUGGAGGGCUGAGGUGGCCAUGCCAUUGUCACAGCGUGUUUGGCUGUCACUGUGGGUUCAUGUUUCCAUAGCCACAGUCCUUGGGAUUUGCCUUGGGACUGCUGUGUCCAGAGCCCACCCAGGUGAGGGCCCUGGGAAUCAUUUGGCUGCUCAGCUACAACACUGCAGUUUGUUUGGAUCACAAACCCCUUUUCCUUGCUGGAACUCAGGUGGCAGAGCCGUGCUGGGUGCAGCACUGGGCAAAGGCCCACGGCUGGGGUGGAGGUGGGAUCAUUAAAAUCAGAGCAGUGGGACAUUUCCUGA